AUUUAUAUAUAUGCCCCAUAAUGCAAAUGCCAGAAUCGUUACAAGAAACACUUUAACAACAAAAUAGAAUUUUGGCACCAAAAUUAACUCCACACUGGAUGUACGCAAAAAACGCGCCAACCAGCUAUCUAGGUAUCUCACGCAGCACAAAAGCACUCACCAUGUUCAUCGGCACUCAUUUUCCCCAAACUAUUUCCAAGCGUGGAAAACAACUCUCACGAACAAUUUUCUCUCUUGUUCCAUUAACAAAAGCAUUCUACCACACUAACAUUUACGCAUCGAAUGUCCUCAAGAGAUUCAAAUUCUCUUACUCUCUCUCUCUCUUUCUCUCUCGCUGUGUAUUUCUCUCUUUUUCGUACCUCUUGUUGCCUUAUCGGUGGAGUUGGUUGAUAAAAAUCGUCCCGUACCGAGCACGUUCAGUAGUGUGUUGACCGUGGCCAUUGAUGGUUGGAAAUUUUUCUCUUGGGGCAACCAUUCUGUGCGCAACCGAACGGCAUCGGUAGUGGUAGUGGUGGAAGGAAGUUGUUUGCUAGUGAUGGUAGAGGAAGUAGCUUCUGCAUUACAACAUCCUUCCCUUAUCUCAACCACGGUAAAAGGAUUUAUGCGUUCGUGCGCGUGUGUAUAUGUGUGUACGUUGUGUAUUUGUGUUUGAGUGUACAAUCUGUUGAACGUUCUUUGCUGCCAGAAGGCAACAAAACGAAAGCCUCCAGUGUUUUUUGGCAUGGUGUGUGCGACUUGAUACGACCAGUGUGGCGUAGUGUGGUACUGUGAAGGAAUCAUCAUAAAUAGGACGAAACCUAUUCCUGUUUCUAUUGUACGUUGAAUUUCGACACUUCGUUCAGUGGAUAUAUGUAUAUAAUGGAUUGUGAGAAGCAAAUGCAACCAGGAAGUGGAAUUUAUUAGAACAUCAUCAAAUGGUGGUCGUUCCUCGGGAUGUAACGUACUUGCGUGAUGCAAUCAAUACAAAAGAAACGAUAAAUCAGCAACAUUUUUGUACAACACUAUCACCACAGUAAUCACACUUCUGCGAAAACGAAAUUUCACUCCGUUCGUUAGCUGUCGGAUGGUAACAUACGAUAGAUGUAAUUCGGACAAAAGCAAAAACUUGACGAAUAUUUGGACGUAAAUGUAUUCCAACAAUACUCGCAAUCAGACGUACGCCUUAGAUUGCUGGAAAACUGACCGUCACAGCAAGCGGCUGUUGUACAAGCGUUACGGUAAGAGGUUCGUUUCGUUCGCUUCAUUCUUGCCACUCACACCAGCUCUAGGCGUGAUGUGAAGUGGUUCUAGCAAGCUUCUUACCUUCCGACUAUGAACGCUGGUCAUCAAACGAGCCCGCUACAACAACGCUCAACUAGUGACAUUGAUGUUGUUUCCAGUGCAAGCACAGCGGACAAAGGCAUGCCACGAUCGCUCCGAAACACGACACCAGUACUCCAACGCCCGCUGAGACAUUCGCACGUACUGGCGAUGAUGCUGUAAAUAAUCGUAAGCCCUGUGUUUGGGGGUUACAAACUAGAACCGAGUAGGCUGACAUAAAAGGGCAGCAAAAGCGUCAAUUUAUUUGUUUCUCCCACAAAGGUGGCAUACCGUAAAGCGAACCAGUCCAAAAGUGUACAUCGAGAACUAGAACAUUUUUGCCCACAAUAGCUGAUAGAUAGCAAGUACGUGUUGAGCGUGGCACAUUCUGGAGGGAGAAGAACGAAUAACAAACAUUAAACAAACAACAAAACACGUCUGUGUGCUUCCGUACUGAGUAACACCGGAGAAGAAAGAAGAAGGCAACAGUAAACACACUCACCAGCCAGAAGAUGAGCUUCUUCAGUUCACUACAGCAAUACGUGACGAGUGGGGUCGCCGGGCUAGGGUUAAAUCCACGAAGGUUUUCCCUAUCGCGCCAAGAAUCGGCCGAAGGUUCUUCCGGACCCUCCGGUGGCCACUCGUCAUCGUCGUCCUCCGUCACCUCGCCGUACAGUAUGGGCGGACCGGGAAGCGGUGGUGGUGUAGGCGGUGGUAUGGGCCACAGUCCCGGCCCAAGCCCGGGUGGCCCCGGCAGCAGUAGCCAAGGAAUGUGUGGUCUCGGUUCAAGCAGUAACAUCACAUCCGGUGGUGGAGGUACAGGCUCCACUGGACAGGGUGUAACUGGUGGCACAUCGACAGCGGCAGGAACAUCGCUCGGUUAUGGCAAGGUGGCAACACCAUCCAGCCUUGCAGCACCGGGCACACCGCCCAUUCGGCGCCAGUCAUCCGGCCGUGGUCUCGAUGCACUCGUACCACCACCCCGCCAGGGUUCGUUCCGUGGCCGCAGCUCACCGAUCAAUCCUAACCCGCCGGACAAACCGUCGUUUUCCGUGUGGAAACGGCGCCCGUCGUGGCCCGAGGUGGAAAUUAAAUCGUCAUCCGGUGUGCAGGAAAAUGAUGGUUCCUACUUCGAAAGCUUCACUGCCCUGUCAUGGAAGAGCGAAAACCGGCGACUGUCCGCAGUGCGGGCGGUAGAAACGAGGGCCGAAAUACUGCCGGAGAAUGACAACGAUCGUCUGCUGGAGGAUGAUAUCGAGCGGUCGGAACAGAAGGAACAUCUCUACCUAGAUGUGCUGUACGCGAUUGCAAACACGGUCGGAGCACCGGCACCUGGUGGACAGUUUGCGCACUACAAAGAGGAGAUGUACCUUCAGGCACAGCGCGUGUUCAACGUGUCGGCCGACCGGCACUAUCGGCUGCUGCAUGCCGCCACCGAGGAAAAGCCCAAAAUCAUCGUGCUCACCGUGAUCGUACAGGAAGCGGAAGGGCUCGAGGCAAAGGAUGCCAACGGUUUCAGUGAUCCCUAUUGUAUGCUCGGCAUACAACCCUCCGGUACACCACCGCCUCCGUCGCCCCAACCACCGAUGACACCGCGCACCCUUUCCGACACCGGCAUGGACAGUCUCGAUUCGCCCGAGCAUGGGAAACUGCGCAAACAUCACAGCUUUCGGUUAAGCUUCAAGCGCAAAGAUGGUCGCCAACAGCGGGACUCGGUCGGUCCGGUUCCGGCUAAAUUCAUCCGUGCGACCUCCGUCAAGCCGCACACACUGUGCCCGAAGUGGAAUGAAAAGUUUAAAUUUGAUAUCGACGAUAUACAUUCGGAUCAGCUACAUCUGGACAUUUGGGACCACGACGACGAGAGCAGCGUGCUAGACGCUGUAUCGCGACUGAACGAAGUGAGGGGCGUUAGGGGUUUAGGUAGAUUUUUCAAACAGGUGUGCCAGUCGGCCCGUCAAGGCUCGCAGGACGAUUUCCUCGGUUCUAUCAAUAUUCCAGUCUGUGAUAUUCCUUCAACUGGCUUGGAGGGUUGGUUCAAGCUGGAGGCACGCAGCUCACGCAGCUCCGUGCAGGGCCGCAUACGGUUGAAGAUGUGGCUAUCGACGCGGGAGGACCGCGGCACGUCCGAGGAGGACAACACGCUCGAGGUAAAAAAGUUCGAACGACUGCAGACAAUCUUCAUGAUGCACGAGCUGAACGCCUUCGAUCCGGCCUGGAAGUGGACUGGCGAGCUGGCCGGACCGUCGCUAACCAUCCUUCACCAGAUGGCUGUGCAAAGUGAUCUAUCGGAUCUACAAAUUUCUUUAGCAAAAUUGGUAGCUAUCAUAAGAAUCAAUCGCAAAAAGCCACUAGACACAAAGUUCGUCCACCGGCAGCUGAUCGAGGUGGACAAGCUGUGGAUCAACAACUACAACAACGAACCCUUGACGCGGGAACUGGAGCAAUGGUUGGCCGAUUCGUUGAACGGUUUCGUCGAACGGUCGCUCUGCCAGAUGCGACGACAUCGGGAAAUAUUCCCAGCACUUCAUCCGCCAUCGCUUGUCCGGUUAGAGUAUCUGCUCCGUUGCCUCGGGCUGCUCGGUUCGAUGCGAGCCUUCCGGCAGGUAAGCCCAUUCAGCAAAGGUGUACGGGGCGAGAUCGUUGGUGCACUGCGGAAGGGCUCCAUCACUUGGUCACAGGCGCAGCUACGUGAAUCGCAACGAUCGCCCAACCCAUUGGUACAUUACACGACGAUUCUGAUAGCGGACCUGCAGCUGGGCAUUACCUACUACCAUGGACUAUUCGAUUCGACCAACGGCAUACAGUAUUUUAGCAUUGUUUACAAACAGUUUGAUUCAUUGCUCGCUGAGGAAGUAACUAAUCGGAUUGAGUGUGGUCAGCUGCCCGGUACGAUAGUUAAUCACUGGACGAUUCUGGACCACGAUCGGGAACCCGAUACUGCACCGUUUGAGAUCUACUUUGCGCUGCAGGAGUUUCACAACAUGAAAUCUCAUCUCUCCGUAACGCCACAACCGCCAGAGAAACCGCUCGGGCUGCAGAAUUUCCACGAGUGGUUCGAACCCGCCGUACAGCGAUGGAUUUCCGUCAGCAAAACGAAGGCAAUUCAACGCAUUAAGGCGGCCGUUAGCGUCGAUCAAGUGUGCGAAGGGGAACGCAUCGUAAGGCACAGCACGUCGUCCAUCGAUACGGCAUCCUGCUUUUAUCAGAUACGCGAGUUUUGGAAAAAUCUUGCCUGGCCUGAUCACAGUUCCGGGGCGCAUUACGAAACGCUUAUCAUUGAUCUGGUCUGCACGACGGCGAACGUUUACUCGGACCUGAUUCACCAAGGACUUGCCGAUGGUGGGACGGGAUAUUACGACAAGCAAGCCCAACAGCAACCCCGCUCAACGGACGAACUGUGCGUGAUCGUCAACAAUCUGGAGUAUGUGAGGCGUGGACUUGCGGAAUUCCAUCCAGAAACGCAUCAGCUGCCAGAAAACGCUGAAACCUUGCUGGAUAAUACGAUCGCCCAGCUGGAGGCCAAGGCAGACCGAGUGCUCACCAAACUAACUGCCUCAAUGCAGGGUCCGCUUCAGAAAUCCGUGUUCCAUCUCGCAUGGUCGCCGGAUUCGUUACCGGCCAAUCAAGCGGUAAUGCCGCUGCUAGAGUAUCUCGAUUCCCAUCUGGCGACGCUCAAUGUAACGCUACUCUCGCAAAACUUUUACCGUGCCAUGACUCUCAUCUGGAACAGCGUGCUGACGGAAUUCGCCAAACAGAUGGAUGCGGGCGGCGAAGGUGAAAAACCCACCAAUUUCCACGAUCGCAUGUACGGGGCGCUUCAGCUACUGGGCGAAUUCUUCAACGCCGAGGGUCUUGGUUUGCCGCCGGAGAUUUUGCACAGUGACACCUUCUGGCGGGUGGAACAGCGCUUGCAGUACCACAAAACCGACACGGAUCAUCUGAUCGAUCUGUUCUACAUGCAACGACUACAGGAGCAGCUCAAUACGAUCGGUCAAACCUCGCUCGGAUCACUGUCGGUAAAGGCGUACCUUAACCACGAUUCACUGUGUGUGGAAAUUCUACACGCCAAGGAUGUGAUUCCUCUCGAUCCAAAUGGUUUCAGCGAUCCGUUCGUGAUCAUCGAACUGUUGCCCCGGAGGGUGUUUUCACACUGCUCCGAACAGCAGACGAAUGUGCAUAAGAAAACGCUCAAUCCGGUGUUUGAUGAGUGUUUCGAGUUUUCCGUCACCCAAGAACAGUGCCAGGUAGAAUCGGCCAUGAUCGUAUUCACUGUGAUGGAUCACGAUGUACUAACGGCAAACGAUUUCGCGGGCGAAGCAUUCCUUGCACUGAACAACAUCCCGGGUGUGGCCACUAAUUUCAACAUCGACAACUUUAACGGUUUGGCACAGAUUGAUCUACCGCUGCUUGAAAUGAAAGAUAAAAAUCAUCCAAUAUUGCAAAUUCUUGAAGGACGCGUUAAUGACAAAAAUUCGAUGGAUUUUCUACGCAAGCAGAAGGCUCGUGUUGUUGGUUAAAAUGCAAAUUAUGAAGAAAAGUGAAUGUGCAACAUGUGAACCCCGGAAUGGAAGUAAAAUGGACGACAUAACAGACUAAGGACAUCUCCUAAAAAGAUGUAACUAUUGGGUACCGAUAGUUUAAAGAAGAUGGAACGUUGUUCCUAAUUCCCCACACAAAAAAGGGCCUUCGGACCAGCUGAACAAGCUUACCAAGGUAUCUCGAGCUCAAAAAACCCAUAAACACAAACACACGCAGGAAACCAAACAUUGAUGCAGAGCAUCAUUCUAGCAAAAAAACAAAAAAAAACAUAAAAUGGAUAGUGAUGGUAUGAUAGAUCGCAACAUUUACGCAUGGUAGAGUUUAUAUUAUCCUUAUACAUGUUAGAUUGCACCAAACAAAACAGCUGGCAAAACUCUUGUAAGACUUUAUGCAGCAUUUUAAAUUACUCAUCGUUCGCAUCGUGUUCCUUGUGUUUUAUAUAGCCAACCAUUGCCUUCUAAAACAAACCCUUACAAAGCAUACUUGUGUACCGUAGAAUGCUGAUCGUAGUUUAGAUGUAUAUACCACCUCUGUAGGGCGUACCGGUGAAGCGUAUAUAGAGCCAUUAGAAUCCUGCUAAGGACAUCCUUCAACAAUGCAUUUACCAUUGACGUUCACUCAAAGUCAACAAAUAUAGAUGUCGAUCAACUCAAUCUUUGCUACAAAGUAGUGUGACACGCUGUGUCUCUCGUAAAUCAGUGUACUUUUGGGUGAUCGGUACAGGUAUUCCGUACCCGUAAAACUAAAUAUUAACCUACCACUAAUGACACUACUAGGGAAAAAUGUAUUUUUAACGAUAUAACGUACAACUGCGGGAAAAACGUAGUACUAAAAACAUGUAAUCUUAGGCGAGAAGGGCUGAGGACACAACUUUAUGCAACCGAUUUCCUGAAGCUUUCUUUCUGAGCUGCUGAUGGGAUUGAAUGAAAAAGUGGCUAACAACAUACAUAAAUGCCUCGAAACAUAAGGAUGUGGGGUAGUUUUAAAAAAAAGUGCGAACCAGUACAGCUAGCUUUCGGUAUCGAACAAGUAAACCAUCGAUUGGGACACGUAUCAAUCAAUUAUAGGGAACGUAUUUGAUAGACCAUCGAUGUGGGAAGUAAGCAAGAGAGGGUUGUAGAAAUCUAUAUACAAUUUAAAAAAAAAACCUUUGUAAGGAACUAUACAGUGUAAUGAUCUGUCUUCUACAAUGAACUACUUCACCGUCGGUACGGAAGAGUAUGGUUACUAACCGUAAAGACGAACGUAAUUUGUGAACGAUCGAGAUCGAGCGUACGGGUUGUGUGAGAGCACCUUGAUGAUUGGUAACAGCAGUACGAACGUGGUAAUAUUAUGUAUGCACGAGAAACAUCAGCUAUAGCAUCGAGUAAAUGACCAACGAGAAACGAAAAAAAAACAAACAUCCAUUGCGGACGAUUAACUUUUAAGCUGUAAAUUUUCACAAACUGCAGAUAUUUUCUUAUGAAUGAAUAAAUGACUCUAGGAAGUCGCCGAAACCGGAAGGAACCGAAGCAACAUGAUAGCGUUAAACUUUAAAGCAAAAAAAAAAACAAAACAAAAUCAUUGCGCCACAUGUUUGCUUUGGGUGUAACGAACCGGCGCAUCAUCUGUCCCUUCCUCUCAUUCGCUACAACAACCUUUUGUGUACACACGGCACACUUCGCUCUAGACCAAUUUUUCCUAUUGUGAACAAAAAAUACUCCCUCAAAAAAGAAGGGUUUAAGACACACACACAUUUAUCAUCGGUCCACUAAUAACCGACUGUACACGUAAUGGAAUUGUGUAUUGCUGAAUUGCGUGUUAAUGCGUGUGUUUUCAUCACUGUGUAGAAAUAUUAACAAAUAACACAUAGAGCACAUAAAUAGCUGGAACAUGCUGUAGAACCCAAUAAUCCAUCUCUCGUUUCUCAGCACUCAACCUUCAACUGCGUCACGAUUUGCACCGUACACCCCCAACCCAAAAAGCAUACAGAAAACAGUAAAUUUUCAAAAUACAGUAAACUCUACUACAGUAAACUUACUAGUGUAAAUGGUAAAUGUCGAGCUUAGAUGUGCUAAUCAACUAGUAGUUUUAGCGAAACGGAUCAGUUUAGUAGUCGCUUCAAUGGCAUAUUGCAAAAAAAAGGAUCGUGCUAGUUCGACUUCGUGUACUAUCCUCUGUGGUUGGGGACAGUUUCUUGCACACGCAAGACAGGAUAGUGGCAGCAACAACAAAAAACAAACAAAAACUUGUACAGAUUAGCGCCCUCCGCAUGUAUUUUCUACAAUGGCCAAGCUUUAAACUAACCAAAGGAAAACGUGAAUGGAUGUGUAUGUGUGAUGUGUGAUGAAUGCAUCCUACGUAUCCCAGUCAUAAUAUCAUCAAUCGAACAAAAAUCAGAGAGACAAAAAAAACCACUCUACACAACAAAACAAACAAAAGCAAACUGAUAGGGUGUUUCGUUUCUUGAUGUACCUACCUAAACGUUUAAUAUGAUCCUCGAUAGUGAAAGGAACAUUUAUGGAACACCUCUGCAGGAAGCAAACAAGCUGCUCUAUUUUUUAUAGCGAGUGAUUCUUUUUUUUAUCUGAUCUUUAUAUACCUAAACUUUUCUAAAACAGCUUGCUUCUGGUACUUUCCGAACUGAGGAUAAAGAAUAUUGUAACGAAACCACGAAAGUGACUAACAUAAAGGUGACAUUAAUUUCACAUUGCGAACUUUUCUUUUUGGUUCUCCUGUUUGGUCGUUGUUGUGUGCGCAACAAGAUCAUUUUUGUAAUGGAAAUUACUACGGCAGGUUGCCUCCUGUAAAGCUAUCAUAAAAAAAGCACUCAAACUCUAAUAUGAUAAUGUGACAAACGAUAGAGCUAAACUCCUUUAAACAAAACGAAUGCAACCUUAUAUACACUCACCUUUUAGGAUAUCAUAAUAUACCACCCUAUCUAUUUAGAGCAGCCUUUUUCUAGUGAAUCUAAAAAAACAAACACGCAAAAACCUUCCUAAACUAGCACUAACACAUAAUUCUCCCAUCCUUUCCCUUCCACCAACGCGGGCUCCGUUUCAUCGAUCGAGUUUGAUCGAGCUUGACACAUCAAGCGCGCGCCAUUUUGUAAAGAAAAACACACACUCAUCGGACUAAUGUUCUAUAUAGUAGCAUAAAACGCACGAUCACGAUCAGCGCAAAGAAAAGGAUAUUCUACGUUUUAGAAGAGCACACACACAUACACGUUAGAUCACGUAGAAAAUGCUUGCAGCAUACAAACAACAUCUUUCCGCAUUGAGUUGAAAUGUCAGACUUCUUUUUACAGCACACUAAACUAACUAAGGGACAAAGAUUUGAAGCGUUUCAUCAUCACAACAAAACAAAAACAAACUAACAAAAGCAUCCUUACAAAACAGUACAACUAUUUUACUCGCCCCUCAAAUACGAUUACCGUGUGGGAAUUAGAUAAAAAUCAAAAUAAAACCGAUUAAACGAUAACAAUCGAUUAGUAGUAAUGUGUGGAAGAUGUGAAUGUAACAUCAGAAAGGAUCAUUAAAGGCGAUAAAGAAAGGAAGAAGAAAGAUAGAUAAAGAAAGUGAAAAAGAGGAGAUAAAGCCAAAGAAAACAGAAAUCGCAAAAUAGUCUAGAAUGUUUUAAUCCCAUUUUGCUGUCUGUGGCCCCAUGUGUGCUGGUUGUGCAAUAAGGCCACAACACAACUACUGCAAGAGACGUGGAAUAAUACUGUGGAAGUCAAGAAUCCGGAAUACUUUAUGUACUACUGCAGUAAACAAAAACACACAGACAAAAACCAAAGAAAUAUUGUUUAACGCUAAACUAUACGCGGCCACACAUAUACUGAUAUAUGUAUAUUUUUCUGUACACCAUUUUGUACCAACAACCAAAAAACAAAAAAAAAACAUCUAACUCCCGUGAUAACCGUGGUAUGGUGGUAGUAGCUCGAUCGAAGGCUGCGUUAAAAAAAAUAAACCCAGUCUGUAGAGUACGUACGUGCGUUUUGUGCGAAUGAAAGAAGCGGAACGGAAUUGUGUUUUUACUCUUUUAGCUAAUACGUUUUUCCUAUGCUGGAAUGCCGAAUUUUAAUUGUUGGAAAUCAAAGAAUUUAACUAAAUGUUGUACAACUACCAUAAACUAUAUACAUUUAUAUAUAUACAACACACACAUACAUGCGACAUGGUGCGGGUAUCUCUAGCAAAUGGAGUAAUGAGAGAGUAUGUGCCCGUAUCAAUGAAUCAAUCAUUCCUACGAUCAAGUCCAACACUAUAAAGAAACAGCUAAUAAUAACAGCAAAAUCGCAUUCAAAACAUAUAAGACUUAUAAUAUUUGUAUUGACAACCAAACAAACAAACAAAACAUAAAAACAGAAAGGAAAAGUCUCCAAAAAUUAUGUUCCAUGUGACCAGGAAAUGGGUGGCGCGCAAGUGAACAAAGAGGUGAAAAAACCCGUAGAUGCCACCAACAACUAAAAACUGAUGGACAAUUUAAAAGUGCACAAAACAAAACGGAUUCACGAUCAGUAUGUAAGUGUAAAAGUGUGUGUGUGUGUGACAAAACAGAAAAAAGGGAAUCAUAUGUACCAAGCGACUGUGAAAUCAGUAUUUUCGAGUAUUAUCAAAAUGUAUGAAUAAAAACAAAAAGGAUAUCUGUUCAAACACUAUCGA